AUGAUGGUCCAACACUCAGGCCAGGUAUCUGCCUUAGAAGUCAGCGCCUCCGCAAUUGUUCCCACUUUGUCCCCUGCAGGGUCACUGGGGUUUGAUGAUUUCACAAAUUUAACCCCCCUGGUGAAGGAGGAACUGAGGUUUGCCAUUCAGAACAAGCGUCAGUUCCACAGGAUGUCUUCCACUUUGGACACAGUGACUGUUUCUGAAAGGCCAGUCGAAACAUCAACGCUGAAAACAGAGUUUUCUCCUGAAGAGGAUGAAAGAAAAAAGAGAAGAAGGGAAAGGAAUAAAAUUGCUGCGGCAAAGUGCAGAAACAAAAAGAAGGAAAAAACAGAAUGUUUGCAAAAAGAAUCAGAGAAGCUGGAAACGAUCAAUGCGGAAUUGAAAGCCCAGAUCGAGGAGCUGAAGAACGAGAAGCAGCAUUUGAUAUACAUGCUAAAUCUGCACAGGCCCACGUGUAUAGUCCGUGCACAGAACGGAAGGACACCUGAAGAUGAAAGAAAUCUUUUUAUUCAACAGAUCAAAGAAGGCACGUUACAAGGUUAA